AUGACAUACUCAUCUAUUCAGAAAAUAUGCAACAACAUCGGAAGGACAUUAGUGUUAGGCGGAGACAACUUGAUAGACUUCAAUAUUAAACAAAAUGCAAAUUACAUAAUAAAGAAACCGAAUACCUCAGAUUCAUCGUCAACAAAAGCAGAGUCAAGGUUGAUCCAGUCAAAGCGGUAA